GGCGGCCCCGGUGGAAUGGGGAAGGAGCAGGAGUUGCUGGAGGCGGCCCGCACCGGGCACCUCCCGGCGGUGGAGAAGCUGCUGUCCGGGAAGCGGCUCUCUUCGGGUUUCGGCGGCGGCGGCGGCGGCGGCUCCAGCGGCGGCUCCGGGGGCGGCUCCGGAGGCGGCGGCGGCGGCGGCGGCCUGGGCUCCUCCAGUCACCCCCUCUCCAGUCUCCUCAGCAUCUGGAGAGGACCCAAUGUGAAUUGUGUCGACAGCACCGGUUAUACCCCUCUGCACCAUGCAGCUCUGAAUGGCCACAAGGACGUGGUGGAGGUUCUUCUAAGGAAUGAUGCAUUGACCAAUGUGGCUGACUGUAAAGGCUGUUACCCUCUUCACCUGGCAGCCUGGAAGGGGGAUGCUCAGAUAGUUCGGUUACUCAUCCACCAAGGACCCUCCCACACCAAAGUCAAUGAACAGAAUGCUCUUGAGAUCAAAGAACUCAAAAAGUACGGCCCCUUUGACCCUUAUAUCAAUGCAAAGAACAAUGACAAUGAGACGGCCCUCCAUUGUGCAGCUCAGUAUGGCCACACAGAGGUGGUGAAGGUCCUUUUGGAGGAGCUAACUGAUCCCACCAUGCGCAAUAACAAGUUUGAGACACCGCUGGACCUGGCUGCACUAUACGGGAGGCUGGAGGUGGUGAAGAUGCUGCUCAAUGCUCACCCCAACCUCUUAAGCUGCAACACCAAGAAGCAUACUCCUUUGCACUUGGCUGCACGAAAUGGUCACAAAGCUGUGGUCCGUGUCCUUCUGGAUGCUGGCAUGGAUAGCAACUACCAGACGGAGAAGGGCAGUGCUUUGCAUGAGGCUGCUUUGUUUGGCAAGACAGAUGUGGUUCAAAUCCUGCUGGCUGCAGGAAUUGAUGUGAACAUAAAAGAUAACCGGGGGCUAACUGCACUAGACACUGUUCGAGAGCUUCCUUCCCAGAAGAGUCAGCAGAUAGCAGCAUUUAUUGAAGAACACAUGACUGGGAAAAGAAGUACAAAAAGAGACAAAUCCAUCAGAACCCAGCCACCGUUUGUCCCUAAUGUGGACUCAACAUCCCUGAAGUCUCAAGGUGAUGUGGAGAAAGCAGUAAAUGACCUGAUCAUUGAUUUUGGCAUGAACUCACAAGAGGAAGGUCCUUAUGAAGCUCUGUAUAAUGCCAUUUCCUGCCACUCGUUAGAUAGCAUGACCAGUGGAAAGUCUUCUGACCGAGAAUCUGUGACCAAGGAGGCAGAAGCCGCCAUUGUGAAAGCAUCUGGAGUGAGGCCUAGAGAACGUCCACCCCCUCCAGCAAAACCACCACCAGAGGAAGAGGAGGAGGAAGACACUGAAAUGGAACUUUGUCCUCACACAUCCUCUGAGGUCCCAGUCAGGAGAGGUAGGAGCCAGGGGAGUGCACCCAAGGAGGAAGAUGAGCAUCCUUAUGAGCUAUUGCUAACAGCAGAAACGAAGAGGCUAGGACCGUUAGAGGGAAAAACAAAAGACCACGGAAGGAGCAGGGGCAUCCGGAGCCAGGACUCUGUAGAGGGACUAGACGGGCAGGUCCCAGAGCAGUUCUCAGGUCUUCUGCACGGCUCUUCUCCAGUGUGUGAAGUCAGUGAGGACCCUUUCCAGCUUCUUUCCUCUGUCAGCCAGGGUGGCUCUGAAGGGUCAUCCAGGCAGAGCACAAGUCAAGAAGCUGCUAUGCAACUGGAGGAUGCUGCUUUGCACACUCCUGGAUCUACCCGGCCCAGCCUUCCUGACCAAAAUAAGAAACUGGGUUAUUCAACUGGCCUGCCUACCAACCACAGCCAAUCGGACCCUGAAACUUUGAUGCAUGAAAUAUCUCAGCACCCUGGUGGUGCCGAGGAAGCAGGAGACUGGAGUGGGACCAGGAGCUGGGCCCCUCCCACUAGCAGACCAAAAGCUGAACUUAAACUGAGCCGCAGUUUGUCCAAGUCAGACUCUGAUCUCCUGACCUACUCACCAACAGAAGAUACCACAAUGGGGAGUAGGAGCGAGUCCUUAUCCAACUGCAGCAUUGGGAAGAAGCGGCUGGAAAAGUCUCCGUCCUUUGCCUCAGAGUGGGAUGAGGGACCUAUAUUGAAACUGUGGAAACAGAAGAUACACAUAGGAAAAAAUCAGAUCGAAAAGAUAAUGAGUUCAAUCGGGGAAGGCAUAGACUUUUCUCAAGAACAGCAGAAGAUCUCAGGUUCACGGAUGUUGGAGCAGAGUGUCGGGGAGUGGCUGGAAUCAGUUGGUUUGCAGCAAUACGAAAGCAAGUUGCUUCUGAAUGGCUUUGAUGAUGUUCGCUUCCUGGGGAGUAACGUAAUGGAAGACCAGGACCUCCGAGACAUUGGGAUCAGUGAACCCCAGCAUCGGCGGAAGCUUCUCCAGGCUGCAAGAUCAUUGCCUAAGGUAAAACCUCUGGGCUGUGAUGGGAAUGCCCAGCCAUCUGUCCCAUCCUGGCUUGACUCUCUGGGGCUGCAGGAUUAUAUCCAGUCUUUUCUGUCAAGUGGCUACAGUUCUAUUGACACUGUGAAAAACCUCUGGGAACUGGAGCUGGUUAAUGUGCUAAAGGUUCACCUGCUCGGCCACCGGAAGCGGAUCAUCGCCUCUCUUGCAGAUCGGCCCUAUGAGGAGCCCCCUCAGAAGCCCCCUCGCUUUUCCCAGCUGCGAUGCCAAGAUCUGCUUUCCCAAACAUCCUCUCCCCUGAGCCAAAAUGAUUCUUGCACCGGGAGGUCAUCAGACCUACUGCUGCCCUUGGGGGACACAGGCAAAAGGCGACAUGACAGCUGUCACGACACAGCUGCCCACGGCCGAGCUGAGCGCUUUAAGACACAGGAGGAUCCCCGGGAGGCCAAACUGACCCUUCGGCCCCCGAGCCUGGCUGCUCCUUAUGCCCCUGUGCAGAGCUGGCAGCACCAACCAGAGAAGCUCAUCUUCGAAUCUUGUGGUUAUGAAGCCAAUUAUUUGGGCUCUAUGCUGAUUAAAGAUCUUCGUGGGACAGAGUCUACACAGGAUGCCUGUGCCAAAAUGCGGAAAUCAACUGAGCAGAUGAAGAAGAUCCCAACCAUAAUUCUUUCCAUCACCUACAAAGGGGUUAAAUUCAUUGAUGCUUCCAACAAGAACAUCAUUGCAGAACACGAGAUUCGGAACAUCUCCUGUGCAGCCCAGGACCCCGAGGACCUCUGCACCUUUGCCUACAUCACCAAGGACCUGCAGACUAGCCACCAUUACUGCCAUGUGUUCAGCACUGUGGAUGUGAACCUGACCUAUGAGAUCAUCCUGACACUGGGACAGGCCUUCGAGGUGGCCUAUCAGCUGGCCCUGCAGGCCCAGAAAGCCAAGCCAGGUGCGGCAUCAGCAGCUGAGAUGAUAGAAACAAAAGCUUCCAAACCGGUGCCUAAGCCUCGAGUUGGCAUGAGGAAAUCUGCAGGGCCGCUGCCACCUGAUAACCGCUGUUGUUACUGUCACACCUGCACUACCCACCGUCCUUCUUACCUACCGCUGCCGGCUGUUAGUCCCGGAGUCAAGUUGGAACCGUCUGACAUGGACCAAGAUACCCAGUCUCAUGCCAGUGUCUCCUGGGUAGUGGACCCAAAACCGGAUUCCAAAAGGAGCCUCAGCACUAACUGAGCCACUGGGAAACCACACUGCUGCGGAAAAAUAGUCCUGGGGGCACAGACUGCUGCCGCCACUGCCUAACCUGCCAUCAUGAAGAUCCAGGCUCAGCCUCUGCUUUUGGGAUCGCCUUCCUGCUGUUCAGCACAGGCUUUCCACAACCAGGCCUCGAAAAUAGAUCCUCCCCCCAAUCCCUCCCUGCCCCUGACUGGAGAGCAGCAACUCAGGGUCUCUCUCUGGCAGAUGAGAUUGGGAUUCCAGGGGGCCAAGAAGUGACUCUGGGUUUUUUAGCUUGUCCAGAAAAACUUUUUUUUUUAAAAUAGAAAAAAAUGACUGCUAAUGGCUUGGACCCAUAGGGAAGAUUGCCAGUCUUCAGCCAGAAAGUCAUGGGGAUGAAGACUUUUGAGAAACUAGAAAUGGCCAAAAGGACAAUCGAUCCAUCUAGGCCUUCUUUCCUCAGAACGAGACCUUGGACUAGCAUAGCAGGUUUGAAAGGAAAGCAAUUGCUUAUGGGAGACGGGUGAGUAUAAGAGAAACAGAAUCAACAGGCUAACCGUAAAAUAGCUUGGAUUCUGAUGUUCAGACCCAGCUGAGUUCCCGUGUUUUGUCAAAGUGCACAAACUCCCCUUAGAACAAGACCGUUUGAAGACAACAUCUCUAAUAUUAAAAAAAUAAAUAAAUAACACAACCCUGGAGACACCUGAAAAGCAGGAGCUCUGGAGCCAUUGCCAGGAUUUUAGAUGUGAAAUGAUGGUUGUUUCCAUACGUUGCUGCCUAUGGUGGAUUCCUAGAGCUUUGGUCCCCUCAGUGCUCCCCCCACCCCCACCCCAUUAGUGACCAAGGGUUUGGUCUUUUUUUUUUCCCCACCAACUCUCUAGUAGCUCCAUAUUUUCUAAGUUCCAUAGGAAAACAGAAAAAGAAACUUCAUUUGGGGCAUUAAGUAACAGAGAGACCAACUGAGGCUGAUACCCAGUGACUUGAGAUUUGUCUAAACAGGUCUUUGCAAUUAGGUCUCAUUGUUAACUCUCUGAGUUGUGACUAUGCCUGUUUUGUUCCCUUGCUCAUGCCUGGCUGGUAGCUGACUUGAUUUUAACCAUUCAGACAGUGCCCCCUAUCUGCACCAGGUUGGCUUACUAGAGCACUGCUGUUUCUUACAACUCCUAGUUUGCUUCUCCCUUUAACUUCAGUUUUGUUUCUGGAUUUAAAACAGGGACUUCUUCCAUUUGAGAUGGAAGGGCCGAGCCCUUGUGGCCUGUGCCUCUGGGAUAGGGAGCAAAGAGGACCAUGCCUUCCCAUGUGGGCUUUAGCAAACCUAGUAUUCUUAAUGGUGUGGUUUAUUCCUGUCCAAGUGCAAAUAUUCUAGGCUUUGGCAACACUGCUCUUUCCCAGUGAAAGGUGUCAGUUGGAAUUAUAUAUUUAUAUGUAUGCAGGGAGGGUCCUUUUAGAAAUGCACAAACUCUAUGGUUGGCCAGAAGUUGCAGGCAGUGGUUUUGUACCUUGGGCUGAUUUGAGGCUUGGCUUUGUGGGCUUCCUCUCUGUUUAUCCAUCAUAGACUACUGCGGUUCUUCAUCCAACCCUGGGAGCAGUUAAUCAUGGUCAUUCUGACCCCAACAGAGCUCCUCUGGGAAGAGGGGGUUAGCUCUAGCUUCUCUGUCCUAAUAAGGACCAUGGUUCUUCUGGGCCUGCAAAGGACUCCUAUCCCUUGUGCAGUAUUCAGCCUCUGUUUUCCAAAAAAGCUUCCCAAGAAAAAUUAAGUUUUCUUUAGUAAAAUUGUGCUGUUCCUGCCAUGGUACUGGGUCUUUAUGUGUGGGGCCCAGUAGCAGGAUUUCUCCAUCUUCCAGAGCUCCACUUUCUUCCUUUUUUUCAAGAAAGGUUGUUUCCUUUCCAAGUAGGUAUCUGUGGGUAAGAUGGUAGGUCCAAAAAGAAAAUUCUUUGUAGACACUAAGAUGAAUUUCUCAGAUUUUUAAAAAUCACAUUUAGGUAUUUUUGUUUUUCUUAAAGCUGCUAUGUCCUCUUUAUUUAUUCAGGGUGUUUUCAGAUUGGGAAGUUGGCUGGUCAGCUCUAGUUCUGAGUUAUGUUUUUAGAUUGGUAUAUUUUUGGAUAUUAGAGAAAGAAAAGUGACUGGAUUUUUUUUUUUAAAUGGGGAUCAGGUACUCUCCCUUCCCUAGAAAGGGAUGUUACAACUUUAAGAACAGGCUUUGAGUGGGAAAGCCACUGCUAUCAUACUGUUCUCAGUGCAGGCCAUGUAGCAUGGUUGAACACAUCCACUGUGUUUCUGAACUGUGAAGGAGCCCAUUUAGGUGUGAAACUGCAGCUUUCUUGGAAUGGGUUCAGUUACAUUAAGCUGUCAUCAGUUCCCAGCUCUCUGCUUGAAUUUCCCCAUGUGCUUGCUAACUGUUCUUAGGCAAUAGGAUUCUUCUUCCUAACAAGGCUCUACAUUCGCAAUUCUCCAGGUCCCUAGUGGGCCCUCUAGUACUAAAGAUCAGGGGUAGUUUCUCAGAGACAGGUUGGAACAGUAAAGCAAGCACAUUUGUGGUUUGUGAAAGUUAAUCUGAGUUUAGUCUGGCUUGAAGGCUCAUCUAAUACUGCCCAGACUUGCAGAAUGACUGUCAAAUUCAGUUUGCAAAAGGGUGAUUUUGCUAAUUGUGGUGUGUGGCAAUGGGACUGAUUUGUAAUAAAAAUGUUAUUUAAUCUUUGUCUCUGUAUUUUGAUACUUGAAUGAUUUCCCUUUUUAUUUUCCUGUAUAUAUAAUUGUUAAUCUGUCCAAUUUUGUCAGAAUUAUAAACACCUUGUGGUACCAAACAUAACCAAUCUGUGCAACAAAAUAGACUGACCUCACUACACAGAGAGAUUGUAAAUAUUCCUGGGCUUCCAGCAUUGGUUUUGUUAUUUUCAUAACUGUACAACUUAGAACAGAUUGAAUAAAUGAGAAAUGACUUAGAA